GGGGAUUGGAACAUGAUGCUGAAAACCUCCAACGAUCUGAUACUGCUGCUGCUGCUUAUACAACGACUGCCCGAGUAGACGAUGAAUCCCGGCUCAACAUGGAAAAAAACAGAAACGAAAGCAUCCAUGAUCACUCCUCAAAACAACAGAUCCUCAAACGGUCCCUGCAACAGCGAACCACGAUCAUCGGCGCCCUGUUCAUUUUCGCCUACCAAGGCGCCGAAGUCACUAACGCCGGCUGGAUCUCAUCUUUCCUCAUCGACAUCCGCCACGGCAACCCAAAGAGCAUGGGCUACGUACCCUCCGGUUUCUGGGCGGGGAUAGCCGUCGGCCGUCUCCUGCUGAGCUACAUCGCCUUCCGCUACGUCGGCGAAGUACCAUUUACAUACGCCGUGGUCUUUGCGGCUCUGGGCAUGCAACUGGUCUGUUGGCUCGUCCCCAAUGUCAUCGGUAGCGCCACGGCCGUUGCAUUGAUUGGCCUGUUCAUUGGACCGAUCUACCCCUGUGCUACGACGCUUUUCUCGCACCAGCUUGAUCGGUCUUUGCAGGAGACUGCUAUUGCGUUUAUUACGUCUUCGGGGUCGGCGGGGGGUGCUGUUUUGCCGCUCAUUACAGGCGUGGUGAGUCAGUCAAUGGGGAUGUGGGUGUUGCAGCCUAUAUGUAUGGCUUUGUUUGCUAUGAUGGAGGUUUGUUGGGCUGGUCUUUCUUGGGGGCAGUUUAGGAAGUUGAGGGCUGAGUAGGAAGUCUCUUUAUAAGCAUUACAAGUAAAAGUGCUUUGGCGGUUAUGGUUCAAUGGGAACCACUACAAAAGUAAAUGGUAUAGAAGUGAAAUGAAAGAUAGAUAAUACCAAUUGUAGAAACUUG